UAGAGAAGAUAAAAUAAAUGGAAUUAAUUUUAUCAACGAUACGAUAAUAUCAGCUAAACCCUCAGAAGCAGUCAGAUAUCUAGGUAUUUGGUUACAAGAAAAUGGAAAGAAAACAUACCAGAAAAAACUCAUUGAGGAAAAAGUAUCUAAAACCACAAUAGAAUACCUCCUAAUGGAUUAUGUAUAUCCAGAAAAAGAGCUAGAAAAAAUUAACGCCAGAAUACGAAUGGUAUUUAGGAGAUCUUGUGAAUACGCAUCUAAAUUACCUAAUAGUGUUCUAUACGCUGCAAUCAGAUAUAAACUUUUUUGCCUACAAAAAAGACAAUUACAAUUACAUUCGACAGAAUUAAUAAAUAGAAUCAAUAAAGUAGAUCUAUGUGGAUGGACUACAAAAGUGAGGUUACAAAAAUUACAGGACUAUAUGUGGACAAUAAAGAGUAUUUGGAGUGCUGAAACAAUAAAUAAAUAUAAAGCACGUAAUCGCAACUUGACUGGGGAAAUAUUAAAACUCUUAGCAAAAAAUGACAUUGAAAUAUGUAUGAAUGGUAAAAUUGACUUUCCAAUUAAACUUGGGAAUGGAGUUAUUGACAUAGAAUCUUUUAUGGAAUCAGAAACCUGGUACCAUAAGCAUAGAGAUAGUUUAAGGAAGUAUGGAAUCUUAUAUAUUGAACAACUACUGAAUGUAGAUCUGAAAUUAAAGAAGAAAAUAGAAGAAAAUUUAAAUUAUAUAAGAGAAAAAAUUACAAAUAACCCAAUCAAUAGAUUAUCAAUAAUCGGAACAGAAAACAAACUAAAGGCAUGUAGUGGAUGUUCAUUAAAAGAAACAAUAUCAAAUACAAAUAAUACGGAUAUCGCUUAUUGCUCAAUUACAGCCAAUAUUACUGAAACGAGUCGACUUCCAGUUAAAAACUCAAAAUUCUCAAUUGUAAAUUAUAAAAAUAUUAGAAACAAUAUAGAUGACUCAACCUUUUUGAAAAAUAUUAUAACCACGGAUCCACAGACAUUAGAAUAUUUGGAAG